AUGAAGUUAAAAGAUGAAGAAGAAGGCGCUCAAAGUGAGCUGUUACGACACGAUCACAACAUAGCAGAAACUGAAGUUAACCUUCCAAAAAAUUUGUACCCUGGGCGCCUAGCUUUUCUUUUUAGAAAUAAGGUGUUUCGAAGAGUUUUUUUCGGGGGAAUUAUUCUAAUCACUCUACUGUCGAUACUGGUUGUACUUCUGGGGAUUUCAGUGGCUCUCAUUCCAAUAGUUUUCAUUGGAUUAUUGAUUUUAUCCCUGAUUCCACCUGCGUUUCGGCCUCCUUCCUUAUCACAGACAGCCAAAUUGGAAUUUCUGAAAGAAGUGGCAAUUCAACGCCCUGCUUUAUCAGUAGAUGCAUGGGAUGUCGUUGCUGCUCAUAUGAAUGAGUAUCUGUUCACCAAAGGUGUAACAUCCAAGCCUGAUUACUACUUUGAUGGUGAUGAUUGUCAUGGUCACUUCAGGCAACUGUUCAUGAAUACCUUCACUCGUAUAGACCCCAUUGAUAAUAGCACCGCACAUCAGAAUCAUGAAAAUGCCACUGAAAGUUCUCAACAGAAGCCCAGGACCCGUUAUGACAGUAAUGCAGAGAUUCGCCCGAUCAUUGAUGAAGCAGUUAAACUCCAUGAGGAGAGUAUAAAGCAAUACUGGAAAGAGCAAAUCCAAACAACUUCUUCGCAGCACCCUGAGGACCCACUUGCACCUUAA